AAAAGCACGUAUUUGGGUACCGUAUUUAGCUCCUCCAGGCGCCAUUCGAAAGCCUCUCCGAGCAUUCGAUAUGAAUAUAGGGAGGGCGAGCAGUUACCUUUAUCAGUGGACUGGAGGGAAAAUGGCGUCGUAACGGAGGUUAAGGAUCAAGGAAGCUGCUGGGCUUUCUCAACAGUUGCAGCGGUUGGAGGAGUUAAUCAGAUCGUGACCGGAAAGUUAAUAUCUUUAUCUGAACAAGAGCUAGUGGAUUGUGAUACUUCGGCCAACCAGGGGUGCAAUGGUGGAUUAAUGGAUGCUGCAUUUCAGUUUAUUGUGGAGAACGGUGGCAUUGACAGUGAGGUUGAUUACCCUUAUAACGCUCUAGACGGUGCCUGUAACAUAAAAAGGUUUGCCCGGGUUCGAACUGGGUCUGCCCAGGUUCGACCUGGUCUGAACCAGCCCUCCCAAUCACGGACCUUGGCUGGACCCACAGGUGGAUCGGACCAGACCGGUAGCAGGGGCCUGCAUAGGCGAACCCUGCAACUUAGGUAUGAAUUGCAGAAAAAUAAUCAUGUAGUAACAAUGGCUGUGAAGAUGUGCUUAUCAAUGAUGAAAACUCAUUACAGAAGGCUGCCGCACAUCAACCAAUCUGCAAGUUUUCUUUUCCUUGGAUUUGAGUUAAUGUGAUUUUAAUAAAAGUCUCUUAUGCUGAAUUGGUUUAUGUGCAAUUAUUUAACUAUCG